GCGCCAACAAUUUGCAUAAUUAAAUCAGCGAGAGAGAUUCUGAGAGAGAUAUUCCACCUUAACGAGCCAUUGGCAGAUAAGAUGAUUUAAGCGGUGCUGCAAGGCCUCAAUUGAUUUAUUCAGGACAUUUGAAAUAUGGCGCAGACUGGGCCACAACUGGAUACGGCCUCGCUGGCCAGAUACUUGAAUGCGUCGAUGCUGCAGGACCUGGAGCUUAGCAACAACGACAUAAUCGAGUAUGUUAAGCUCCUGCAUCAUUAUCUGCAAAAGAAUCGAACUCAGCAGAAAGAGGAAGUCGUGGACGAGUGUGCUGGCUAUUGCCAAGGAGAAAUUUAUCAGUGGCUGAAGGCCUACAAUAAUAUACAUGGAUAUGUUUCCCUCUUGAUUUGCAUAUUUGGGACAAUAGCAAACAUAUUGAAUAUUAUGGUGCUGACCAGAAAGGAGAUGGCAAAGGCGCCCAUCAACAAAAUUCUGAAAUGGCUGGCUGUGGCAGACAUGUUCGUCAUGUUGGAAUACAUACCCUUCACAUGCUACCAGUACAUAUAUAUGAAGCCGGGUGAAAAGGAUUUCAGUUACGGCUGGGCUGUUUACGUUCUGGUUCACAUGCAUUUCACACAGAUCCUGCACACAAUUUCAAUUGGCUUGACCGUCACUCUGGCUGUUUGGCGUUAUGUUGCAAUCAGGCAUCCCAACGGCAGCUGCGCCAACUUCCUACUAUCACAUUCCAGAGAGGCCAUACUCUUUCCCUUCAUCAUAUCGCCCAUUCUCUGCUUUCCCACGUACUUUGUGUUUAAGGUCCAGAAGAGCUAUGCGAAGGACAGCCCAGUGCCAUUGUAUCACGUUGAUGCCGACAAGAACACUAUUCUGUACAGAUUCAACUUCUGGAUACAUUCCGUGAUAAUUAAGCUACUACCCUGCUGCAUACUGACCAUCAUUAGCUUUGUGCUGAUGCGUGUGCUCUGCGAGGCUUCCCGUCGACGACUCAAGCUAAAGGAUUACGAUGCCCCAGAAAAGUAUGCAAUUCAAUUAAAUGAAGGCAAGUCGAAGAGACCGCCGCGUUGUGAUCGGCGCAACGAUCGCACCACACUAUUGCUUGUGGCCGUGCUGGUGCUGUUUCUAAUCACGGAAUUUCCACAAGGACUUCUGGGCUUGCUUUCCGGCAUGCUAGAGAAAUGUUUCUUUGCCCACUGCUAUCCACCCUUUGGAGAGAUUAUGGAUCUGUUGGCGCUCAUUAACGCGGCCAUUGGUUUCGUGCUCUACGGCCUGAUGUCAAAGCAGUUCCGCACCACCUUCAAGUCUCUGUUCUUUAAGCGGCACUUCGGCAGCACGGAGAUGACUCGCCUAACGCGUGUGACCACAACUUGUGUAUAGGGACGAGGGCGACGGCAACGGCAACGGCGCAAACUAUGGUUCCGACCACGCCCAUAGAGGAGCUCGCAAAUGCGCUUCAGAGCUGAAAUAUGAU